AUGCGUCGGGUGACUGUUCAAGCUGGCCGUACUGCUCGGCGUGCGCCACUAUGGAACAUUGCCGCUAAGCGGCCGUGCUCUUCGGCCUUCAACCAGUUGCGAGGUAUUCGGCCAUAUUCAGGUGGCAGACGCUCAUCCAACAGUCCAGUAGCCUCUUCGACAUCCAUGCACCGCCGAAACCUUUCCCUCGCCGUUAUCUCAACCGUCGUUGCCUCCGGGGCAUGGUAUGCUUAUCAGGGUGACACAGUUAAAUUAGCAGCUACCCAGAUCCGGGGAUUCGCCUCGGGUGCCAUCAACUCCGCCUACGCCGAGGGUCCUGUCGAGUCUACGCGCCGUGCAUUGCUAGUCAGUGGCGAUCAAUUCUAUACCGCGACACUCUCGGGAGACCAGCCUCUCGCCAAGAAUACAGACGAUUCAGAUCGCCAAGUUUUGGAGAUGUUGACACCGGAGCAAGCAACGCAGAAACUCAGAAAAUACGAGGAGUCAUAUCUGGUAAAUCGGGGCAAGGGCGUUGUUCGGUACGACGUGGUACAGGUUCCCAGCAACUCGCCUAUUGAGGACGACCAUGCGGAGAAGAUUGUUGAGAUCCCAGCAUCUGUGGCGGCUGUCAGCAAUGGCGAACCGAGCAGUGACUGGAUGUUCUGGGGAGUCUUUGAUGGUCACUCGGGCUGGACAACAUCCGCCAAAUUGCGAAACGUUUUGAUCUCAUACGUGGCCCGCGAAUUGAACACUACCUACAAAGCGGCCUCUGCCGAUCCAUCACGUCUUGUGCCCACCUCCGAAGCCAUUGACGCCGCUAUCAAGAAAGGCUUUGUCCGCCUAGACAAUGACAUCGUACACGAGAGCGUUAAGGAGGUCAUGAAGUCGAAGUCACGACGAGUUGCCGCCGAGCUCCUUGCCCCUGCUCUUUCAGGAUCAUGUGCUCUUCUCAGUUUCUACGAUUCUCAGUCUAAAGAUCUCAAGGUUGCCGUUACCGGCGACUCUCGCGCGGUCUUGGGGCGUCGUGGCCCGAGCGGGAAGUGGACUGCUACUGCUCUUUCCGAGGACCAAACUGGUGGAACCCCGUCUGAAAUGAAACGUUUGCGCGAGGAGCACCCCGGCGAGCAAUAUGUCACCAAGAAUGGUCGAAUUCUGGGCCAGCUUGAACCCAGCCGUGCAUUCGGCGAUGCUUUCUACAAGUGGAGCCGGGACGUCCAAGAUACCAUCAAAGCGAAGUUCUUUGGACGUACCCCUCAUCCCAUGCUGAAGACGCCCCCUUAUGUCACCGCUGAGCCCGUCAUUACCACCACCAAGAUCGAUCCCUCCAAGGGCGACUUCGUCGUUAUGGCCACUGAUGGUCUAUGGGAGAUGCUGAGCAAUGAGGAAGUUGUUGGCCUUGUGGGCCAGUGGGUCGAGCAGCAGAACUCCGCUUCUGUAAGCACUGGUAGCAAGGCUUGGCUGCAAAGCUGGUUCGGAUUUGAUAGUCAGAAGCAGCUGCCCGUGGAAACCGCAAGUGAUGGAUCAAACGAGGGUCAACGUCGUCCGAUUCGUCAGCAACAGUAUGACAUCUCUGGUGCGGCUAGUCGCUUCGUUGUCGAAGACAAGAACGCAGCAACGCACCUUGUGCGCAAUGCAAUGGGCGGAAAGGACAAGGACAUGGUGUGCGCUUUGUUGACGCUGCCCAGCCCUUAUUCCCGUAGAUACCGUGACGACGUUACUGUCGAGGUUAUCUUCUUUGGCCAAGGUCCGGACUCGCGCACUGUCGAAGUUAACCAGGAAGCGAGUGCCGCAGAACAGCCGCUCAAGUCGAAGCUCUAG